AUGGAUGUUCCAAAGAAAAAGCAAACAUUUACUUAUGUCCAUGCUAGUCGGGUGCUUCUAAGGGAGGUGAAAUUUCCUGGUGCCCGCCCCGAUAAGAUGUGGUUUGAGCUAGGCGGCGUGGCAUAUCAAUAUGGGAAGCAGGAGUUCACCCUCAUUACUAGACUUAGAUUCAGCCCAAUUGACAGGGAAAUCUUGCAAACGAGGCCUGCAAAGGAUGGUAGCUUACGGACACGUUUAUUCCCAGAUAAAGAGGUCGUUAAUCUAGAAGACAUAAAGGAACUACUUGAUACGAAGCCUGACGUAGAUAAAGAUGAUGCGCUAAAGAUGGAAUACCUUGCCAUGGUCAACAUGCUAUUAAUGGGCCAUGACGAGCGGGCAAGUAUAGAAGAUUUCCAUUGGAGCUUGGUGCAGGAUUUAGAAUCAUUUAGGUCGUUCCCUUGGGGAACGUACAUAUAUAGUCAGAGACUACAUUACAUUCGUUUAGCUACCACCGGGUGGAAGUUGAAUGCUCAAGUUGGGAAGAAAGUCAACCUCUAUGCAUUUGUUUGGGCGUUUCAGGUAUAA